AUGGAAGUAGACAAUCAAUUGAGACCGGCCUCUCUGGGCUGCCGCAAAAUUCAUGCGUGCCUCAGCCUUCUAGUACUUGCCGUGAGCUUUGGCUUAGGCCAAAGCAAGUUGAUGUCUGACCAGUCGAUUCCCGUAAUACUGGAAAGAAUUGGACAACUACCAGAACACACCGAGAGGAUCAAGCCAGCUGAAAAUGGUCUUUCCCUUUAUGAAGUUCAGUCAACUUCGCAGACCACGAGUCCCUUAACUCAAGAAGUAGGAAGAGAAGGAGAGGCCUUUCAGGCCCAGAACCCCACAGAAAACUUCAGCGUCAGUAAAGCCCAGUUCACUGCCCUCCUUCAUACCAUCAAGCAACAGGAAAAUCUUGAGGAAAAAGCCUGUUUGAAGCAAAUUGUUGGAUCACCAGAGGCAAUUUCCCUCAACCCUCCGGAAUUGUCAAUCGUAAAAUCUUCGGUGGAUCUGCACUUCGGAGCAUUUUGGAUGUGGGAUAAAGUUGCACGUAUUCUUCUCCAGAAUCGGGUGCCCCCGCCACUAGACGUUGGUGAUGUCGUGAAAGUGCUUGGAGUUGGCUCUACUGUCCUUCAACAAGAAGAAUAUACUGUUGCCGCUGUUCAUGGAACGGCGAUCGCAGUAGAGAAAGAUGGAGUGUAUUUAGACUUUCCACGUGACCGUCUAAUUCUCACGAUAGGAUCAAAGUAUAUUUCAAUAGCUGACUCGGUACUGCGGAAUGAGAUCAAGGACUUGAAUGAAGAUGAUCCUAGCAUAUUACAGGACAUGGAGGAGAUCUUCAAGAUUGCAGCAGUUAGAGAGGCAUUUCAAAAAACGCAGCAGACAGGAGACCCUCGACACCUGCAGAAUGCAAUGAAAGCCUCUGAAACUUUUCACUUCUUGUCUUUUGUGGACGCAAUGAGAGAGCUGCCUAGCAUUGAAGCCACUCCCCUUCAGAAACCAGGCAAAGGAAAAUAUAAGCCCGAUCCGGCAGAGACAGGCAGCAUUUACACUUCAGAGGCUGCUGUGCGCGAAUCAAUGCAGAUCUACUGCAGCGUUCGUUUUUCCAGCAAUGUUCGAUUCGUCUUCCGUCAUAAUUCCCCAGUGCGUGAAUAUCUGGAAGAGGAUGAGGAACGACUGGUCGCAGAUGAGUGA